CCUCGUAUUGCAAUAUAUUUCGCGUAAAGGUUUUCCCUCACAGCAAGUUCGACGAGUGACGACAACAGUCCACAGUCACUCAUUGAUAACUGUACGUUCAAGACGUGUUGAGUUAACAAUUUUAUAGUGCUGGUGAUAAUUGACCUUGACUUUGUAAUCCAAAAUGGCCAUGGAGAAACCAAUUUUCGAAUACCAAGAAGAGUCUCAUAGUGAUAGGUUGGCUCGUAAAUCAAAGGAAUCACCUUUUAUGGUUAUAGGACUAGGGGGUCUAGCAGCAGCCGUGGGUUAUGGAGCAUACGCGUUUAAGCGGCGCGGGGCAAUGAGUACCAGCGUAUUUCUAAUGCAGUUCCGAGUAAUCGCCCAGGGAACCGCCGUCGGAGCCCUAACUGUAGGAAUGGCCUACACAUUAUACAAAAACCACUUUGCUAAGAAACCAGAGGCUAUUACCACAUUACCAAAUGAACAUUAGUUUAGUUAUCACUUUAAAAAAAGUGUCUAAUUACUUCUUAUAAGAAGAAAUAUAGAUACGAGUUAUAUAUAACACAUUUGGAUAUUUAAAAAUCCAUGAUUUUUAUAACUUUUAUAAAAGUUUGUGAUUUGUUGAUUAAUUUAUGAAGACUUUUUGGUGGGCGUUUAAUGUAACUGUAGUAUGAAUUUAGAUUUUUAUUAGUGCAAAAUAGUAUAGUUUUUAAGGAAUUGUAUGUCAUACAUAUUUAAUUAUUUACGUGUGUGCUAUGAAUGUUAGUGUGAGAUUGUAUGAAUUAAAUUAUACUUUAUAAA